UCCUCCAUCAUUCUGGUACUGAUUACUGAUUCUCUAUGGAAGAGCCCAAAAGGGCCCUUGUGAAAUUUCACCUCAGCUUGGAUCUGCCCCCGCACCUGUGCACAGAACAGGGCCAGGUUUAAAACCAGGCAGCAGCCUCUGUACUGAGCCCUCGGGGGAGAUGUAACAAACUAGCCUGUUUUCUUCCCUGCCAGCAGGAUUCCCCGUGAUUGCCGAGAUGCAGGGAGAGGAAGAGCUUUGUGUCCCAGAUCUCCAGGGUGCUGAGGAACAGGAGAGCCUGAAAGGUGCCUGCAAAGGUGGCAAGAUGGAUGAGGAGAGUUCCCCACAGCAUGUAUCUGUGGGAGCAGAUCCAGAUGGGGCAUCACCUGAUGAGGAUGCUUCCAUGGGAGAAGAGCCACAUGGGAUGCUGCCUGGUGGGAAUGAGUCCAUAGAAGAGGACCCAGAUGGGACAUUGUCUGAUGAGGCUUUAUCCCAGGUUCCAGCCCUGCGGCAAACCUCUGAUCUUGGUCUAGAUCUUGGUCUUGAUCCUGGCUCACAGACCCCUUCAGCACUGGAAUCUCAGUGGGAAAAGCCCCCAGGGCUGCCUCUCCCAUUGGUACCCACUCAGCCCAGACCAGCCCCCAAGAAACCCCCUUACCGCAAGGCACACCCAACCAUCUGCAGCGAGUGUGGGAAGAGCUUCACCCGAAGCUCCCUGCUGGCCCAGCACCAGCGGGUGCACACAGGGGAGCGGCCCUACCAGUGCACUGAGUGCGGGAAAAGCUUCAGCCGUAGUUCCACCCUCAUCCAGCACUGGAGGACCCACACAGGGGAGCGGCCCAAUACAUGCACCGAGUGCGGGAAGGGAUUCAGCCAGCGCUCCGACCUGGUGAAGCACCAGCGCACUCACACCGGGGAGCGCCCCUACCAAUGCCCCGACUGCGGUCAGAGCUUCAGCCGCAGCUCGGACCUCAUCAAGCACCAGCGCAUCCACACUGGGGAGCGGCCCUACAUCUGCCCUGACUGCGGGAAGGGCUUCAGCCGCAGCUCCGACCUCUUCCAGCACCAGCGCACCCAGCGCGGCGAGAAACCUUACAAGUGCACCGAGUGCGGGAAGAAAUUCAGCCGCAGCUCCAACCUCAUCCGCCACCAACGCACCCACACGGGCGAGAGGCCCUACAUCUGCCCAGACUGCGGGCGUGGCUUCUCCCAGAACUCCCACUACACGGACCACCAGCGGAGCCACCGCCAUGAGAAACCCUACCAUUGCACCCAGUGCGGCAAGGACUUCGGGCGCAGCUCCACCCUGGUCAAGCACUGGCGCACACACACCAGGGAGAUCCUGUGAGCCUGGGGCAGAGGGCGGGACUUUCAACUCUCCAGUCAUGGACCAGGAAUCCCAACGUGGCCUCCUGGGGAACUUGACUCAGUGUUGCCCCCAAGGACAGUGGAGAAGAGAAAAGAGCCAGUUUCAAGAAGACAAAUGUGAGACGGGGCCUGGAGAAAAACAGAGAAAGAUUCCUAGAAGACAGGAACCAAAAGAGAAACUUCAGGAGAACAGAAUUUGAGUGAGAGUUUGAAGUUAAAAAUAAUAGAGGUAAAUCCCCGCACAGGAGGUAGCUACAAACAAAUGUUCAGAAUGAAAGCCUAGACUGGAAGUUGAAGGUUCUUAGAAGGAGAAACUGAGGACAACUUAGUACGUUAGUGCAUGGCAAAAUUAUCCCAUAAGUCUAAGCAAGAAAAGAGUCUCCCUACCUUAAGUGAACUAUUAAGGACAUCUGAAACAGAACUGGUAGAGAAUUGGCCAAUGAAUUUUUUUUUGUCAAAAAUUACCAAUUUGUCAGAACUAAAAAUUUCAAUUAGUUUUUUGUCAAUGCUAACAAAAUUUUCAACAAAU